AGAAUGUAUUUUUUAAUCAAAAACAAGCAAAAAAUUCUGAAAAAAAAACAAAUUCACAGUGUGAUUCUCCCAGAUUGCCAGGAUGGUGUUGAGGAUAUCCUUGGGUAGACACUCGAGGCUGUCGGAGAAGACAACCGACUCGGAGUUCACGGAGGGGCCGACGCCGCGGCACUCGCUGCUGUCGGGACGGUUCAAGCAGAGCUUCGCCUUUCUGUCGCUGCAGGAGCGAAUGCCCGGGAUCAUGCAGCAGAUCAUCGAGCUGCUGCUCGAGUGCCGGCCGGAGCUGGUGGAGCGGUUCGGCGAGCAGGGGCGGGACGAGAUCCAGCACGUCAUCGAGUGCAUUGAGCGGCUGAAGAGGGAGCUGCAGCGCGAUCGCCAGUUCCUGCUGUUCCACGGCAACGAGCCGGACAAGGACGCCUGGAACGCGUUCAUCCUGGAGCUGCCGCGCCACAAGCGGACGUACUUCCGGGCCUGCUGGCUGCACGCCGAGUGCUACCUGUACCGGCGCAUCUACUCGUUCCUGGAGAACACCCAGCACCUGGGCGGCUUCGACUACUUCGCGCACCUGAAGCAGGACGAUCUGCAGAUCAGCGAGCGGGCCAUGUGCGCCCUGGCCGCGGCCACCAGGAACCUGCCCAAGAACUACGAGUCGUUCAGCAACCUGAUGCGCAUCAACAUGUGGAGCAACCGGUACGAGAUCCAGCUGAACGCCUACAUCUUCCAGGAGGACGAGCUGCACUCCGACAUCGACGUGCUGGCCAAGGUGGCGGACCUCGACAGGAACCUGCUCGUGGACGACUCGAUCUUCGUGUGGAACAGCCUGAUGCGGGCCAAGUUGAAGGGCCAGCGCGAGGUCAUCGUGGACUUCAUCUGCGACAACGGGGGCUUCGAGUUCUUCACGGACAUGCUGCUGCUCGAGUUCCUCGUCGACAACGGCAUGGCCACCCAGGUGCGGCUGCACGUCAAGGCCAUACCCUGGUACAUCUCGGACGUGCUCAGCUCGGACAUUCUGUGGACCGUCAACUACCUGAUCGACCACCCCGACGCGCUGCUCUCCGCGCUGGGCCUCAAGUGGGCGCGCCUCAUGAACGCCGGCAAGAUCUCCAUCGCCCCCACGUCCCACUUCUGGACGGGGCCGCAGCCCUACUUCGUGAUGAUCGACUCCGAUCUGGAGCUCUACAAGAUGCUGUCCGGCGGCUACCUGGCCAUCUUCAAGGGCGACCUCAACUACCGCCGGCUCAUGGGCGACUACAUCUGGGACCCCAACGAGGAGUUCAUCACGUGCCUGCGCGGCUUCCGGCCCUGCAACAUUUGCGCCAUGCGGACGGUCAAGUGCGAGGUGGUCUGCGGCCUGCCCGAGGGCAAGGCCGACGACCUGCUGCGCACCGAUCCCCAGUGGAUGACGUCCGGGAACUACGGCGUGAUCCAGUACACGGACAGCCUCAAGUGCAACUGCUACCAGGUGGGCAGACUCUCGGGCCUGUUCCACCUCCCGAUCCACCGCAACUUUAAGGUGCCCGAGCCGGAGCACGAGACCGACGAGAGCCAGCAGCAGCGCCAGAGCCGCAAGAGUCGCCAGAGCCAGAAGACCUAGGACCUGCCUCCCUGCGAGUGACACUUACAGAUGUCUGGCCGAGGGGCCGCCGACUGCCCAAUCAAGCGGCCCACAGCCGAACCCAGCUGGCUGGGAUUGGAAGCUCCUCCACGUCUCAAUUUGCGGCUGCCUAUCACUGCCCGGCGGCGUAGAAAACGCCUGGAUAAAUGGUGGCAAAUUUGUCAGCGAGCGCGCCACGAGUGUAUUCCCCAAAUCAAGCCCCAUCGAGGGGGGAUGGAGGGUCUGCCUGCUUGUUAGCCCGCACGAGAGCCACCUGCCUUUCUAUUAACCAUUUCUGUGGCCACAGCCCGGCCAAUCGGCGGCUGACUAAUGCUGUUGAUUUUAUUGAUGGGCCGCCCAGCCCCCGCGGGGGAGGAAUCCCAAUUUGAAAAUGGAAAGUCCACUGAAGAUUACAGGGUGCGUGAAGCGAGGUCUAAAGGAAAGUUGGGAUCUUCGAUUCGUGCCGACAAUGGGACUCGUUUUUGUGAACCGAAAUCAUUAAAGUGAAAUGUCACUCCUCCCUUGCUGGAAGACUAGUUCUCACAAGA